AUGUCUCUGAACAUGCCUGAUUAUCUCGCAGAAUCGAGAGAAGCCGAACGGUCAUCUGAUCACUCCCAGAGUCGGUCCAACAAGCGAGAACGUCCCGAAUCUUCUCCUGGUUCUCCCCAGCAGCCAACCCCCAAGAGACUCAGAACUGAAGAGCCUAGGAAAGAGGAGUCUCCGUUGUUCCGGCUUCCGCCCGAAUUACGGAACGAGAUAUACCGGAUCGCUUUCAUCCGUUCGACCGUCACGAUCACCGCUAAGGUGGUGUAUGGCUAUACCUGUGGCCGUUCUAGAUUCCGCUGGAGGCGCAAGAAUGUGCGACAUCACGAUUCAUGGAGAACAACCGAGUACUUGCCGGUUGCCUUUCUCAGAGCCUGCAAGCAAGUUCAUGCCGAAGCGCGGGCGAUUCUGUACACCAACUACUUCGACGUGCAAGAUAUGGAGACACUCGUCGUUUGGUUGAAAGACUUGGGGACCAAUACUGCCUGCCUACGAACCAUUGUACUCCAGACCGAGCCUCAGGGAUGGUUGCCGUCAUCAACUCCAAGCAGAUACCGGACUCAGCAGACCCGUUAUCGAGAACUGUGUCGUAGGGCUGCGAGGAUGCUAGCUACUGCCGAAAAUCUCCAGACUCUGCGGAUGCAGUAUUUUUACAAUCUUACAUGUAUGAUUGCUGGCCCGGCUCCGAGGGGAACUUUCAAGCGACCUGGACCUGUUUCUGGCUGGAUCGGCAUCGCGCGUCGGGUUGCGGAGGUAUUUUACCAUGAUUUUCGGUCGGUGUACUCCAAAGGUCUGUCCCGUGGCCACAGUCCGGAAAGGCUGUGUCAUAUUUUACAAGUUAGCCGGAAUAACUGGUGGUAUUAUCGGCACGCAUCGAGUCCGCAGAAACUUAAUGCCAAAGAGGCAAGAGAAGCUGAAGAGGAGGUUAUAGAACAUCUAAGGCUGCUGCUGAGGAGAAACCUCGAAACUCGCCUGGGAUAUCGAGCUUGA